CUACAAGUGUAACCAGCCUGGUCAUCGCGCGUCCGAAUGUACUGAAGAAGGUUUUGAUGGUGGUAAAUCGUUUAACUGCUACAAGUGCAACCAACCUGGUCAUCGCGCGUCUGAAUGUACUGAAGAAGGUGACGGUAGUAAAACGCUUAGCUGUUUUCAAUGCGGUUCUUCGGAACAUCUUUCGGCCAGAUGCCCUUUAAGAGUUCGAAAAACUACACCAUGGGAAAAUCCUAAGCCUGCCAGUAUGUCAUCUGAAGAAGCUUGGGAACAACUCCUUAAGGCAGAUAAAGAAAAAGACAUUGAUGAUUUCAAAGAAGCGUUUGAAGAAUAUGCCAAAGCUACGCCCGAUGAAAAUUUUCAAUCAAUCGAAAAAAAACUAAGAGCUGCUAAUUGCAUAGGCAGAAUAAUAGCUCUGGAGCGGGAAGGUAUUCCAUUAACAAAAUGCCUCAUUGACUUGCAAGGAAACACUGGAAAGAAAUAUGUCGCUACGCUCAUCAUGGGAUCUCCAGACAGACUUCCUCGUACUGCUGGAUCUCGCGCGAGAGAUGAAGGUGAAAAUGUUGAAUGGCUUGCUGAUGCUGGUUUCAUGAGGGACGAUCGUGAACCCGCUUGUUUCAAUUGUAGAGAGAAAGGGCAUAUUACAAAGCUUUGCCCAGAAGACCGUCGACAUAACUCCUAUGCAGAAACUCGUAAAAACAUUCUUGGAGAUAGAGGAUGUUUCAAAUGUGGAUCAACUGAGCAUCAAGCUAGAGAUUGCGACAACGAGA